CACGCACGCCAGCCAGCCAAUGCGUCUGCGCUCAUUUGCAUGCGACUUGUCAACAUUCCUACUUUCUUCUUCAUCUUUCUGCUAAAGGUUUGGCCGCAGCACUAUUUGGAAGCCGUCUGGCACGCUAGCUACAGCGUGUCAUAACUGUAUUCUAAUAACUACGUAUUGCAAUCGUGUCGUUCCGACUGAGCCCCGCCCCGCUCCGCUCCGCUCCGAGUACUCGGGUUUACUUUCGUUUCCCUGCAGGUCAGCAGAUCGCUAAGCCACCUGUUGCAGACGUUCCGGGAUGGCAGGUGUGAUUCUUCACGGGUACCAGGAGGAGGUGGUCCAAAGGGCUCUGCAGGGGGAGAACAUCAUCGUGUGGCUGCCAACGGGAGCGGGCAAGACGCGAGCCGCCGUCUACGUGGCCCACAAGCAUUUGGAAAGGACGCCUGGGGCCAAGGUGGUGGUCCUGGUCAAUACGGUGCACCUGGUUGAGCAGCACUAUAGCAAGGAGUUCCAGCCAUUCUUGGGGCACGCCUACAAAGUGACAGCAGUGAGCAGCGACAGCGACCAAAAGGAUUUCCUGGGCGCCGUCCUGCGGGACCGCGACCUUCUCGUGUGCACAGCGCAGAUCCUCCUGAAUGCCCUGGACAGCGAUGAGGAAGACAAACACGUGGAGCUCUCGGACAUCACCCUGCUCGUGGUGGACGAGUGUCACCGCACUGUCAAGAAGACGGUGUAUAACAAGAUCAUGAGGCUCUACCUGGAGAAGAAGAUGAGCGGCCACGGACGGCUGCCGCAGGUCCUCGGCCUCACGGCGUCGCUGGGAUCGGGAGGAGCCAAAAGUCCGGAGAAAGCCGUGCAGCAUGUCCUGGAGAUGUGCGCCAACUUGGACUGCGCCAUCGUUUGCGCCGAAAACUGCAUUGAUGAGCUCAACGUAAAGAUAGCCAGGCCUCUUCAAACCUUUGAUAUCGUGGACAAAAGACAGGAGGAUCCAUUUGGUGCGCACGUGAAGUGGAUGAUGCAAGCUAUCCACGCUUUCAUGGAGCCUCCCGAGGACGUCACCCUCAGAGAGUUUGGCACGCAGGAGUACGAGAGCGAUGUGGUCGCACUGCAGAAGAGAGGCGUGAAGGAGCGCGACAGGCGACUGCAACAAUGCGCCAUCCAUCUGCGGCAGUACAACGACGCGCUGCUGAUCCACGACACGCUGCUGAUGGAGGACGCGCUGACUUCUCUCCACGACUUCUACACAGAGACCACAAUCACGGAUGACAUCGACCGCUUCCUGGUCAAUCUUUUCCAAGACAACCAAGCCGGGCUGCUGACCAUGGCUCGCGACACGCGUUACGCAAAUCCCAAAAUGGAGCAGCUGGAGAGCGUCCUGCUGAGGCACUUUUCUCCCAACGCCGAGUCCAGAGGAAUCAUCUUCAGCAAGACCCGCCGGAGCACGCAGGCACUGCACCGAUGGGCGCUCGCCAAAGAGCAACUGCGCUCGGCCGGCAUUAAGCCCGCCACCGUAACCGGCGGCGCCGGCAUGACGCAGCACGAUCGCAACGAAACCAUCCGCAACUUCCGCCUGGGCUCCGUCAACCUCCUGAUCGCCACCAGCGUGGCCGAAGAGGGCCUGGACAUCACCGAGUGCAACCUGGUGGUGCGCUACGGCCUGCUGACCAACGAGAUCGCCCAGCAGCAGGCGCGCGGUCGCGCCCGCGCCCAAGACAGCCACUACUCGCUGGUGGCCCAGCGCGGCGGGCCCGAGGAGCGACGCGAGCACCUCAACACUUACCUGGAGGGCCUCACCGCCGCCGCCGUCGGCACCAUUCACCAGAUGAGCCCGCCAGAGUUCAGGGCCAAGAUCGCCCAGCUCCAGCAGGGCGCUUGGGUGGCAACGGAGGAGGAGAAGAACAGCGGCGGUGGCGGCGGCGGCGGCGGCGCCGGCGGCGGCGGCUACUCGGCCGCCCAAGUCCAGCUGCUGUGCGCCAACUGCUUGACGGCUGUGGCGCGAGGAAGCGACAUCCAGUUGCUGGACAAAACGCAUUACGUCAACGUCAACCUGCAAUUCAGGAGUCGCUACAACCAGGGCACUCCGGUCUAUCUGGACAAGACGUUUGAGGACUGGGAGCCAGGCUGCAUCAUCACGUGCAACAACGGCAAUUGCAACAAGCGGUGGGGCUACGAGCUUAAGUACCACAAGCUGGCGCUGCUGCCCAACUUGGCCAUCAAGCACUUUGCCCUGGAGACGCCAGGCGGCAGGACCACGGUCAAGAAGUGGAAGGACGUCCCGUUCGCCGUGGAGCACUUGACCUUCAGCGAGUUCUGCCGUCGCCACGCCGCUCACCUUCUGGACUGACAAACGAGCUAAUGCUAAGCUCAUUUUCACAACGAUAUGUUGCCGUCCCUUUUUCCAAACAAAAACACAUUGAAUGGAAUGUGCAAUUUGAAUGUAUUUUUAAUUCUAUUGUAUCUGUUUGCGUGAUUAAAUGUAACCGUGUUUUCUUACACGGGUUAAUGAC